AUGAACGGCGGUAUUCUCAACCUCGUGUCCGCCAUCACCAAGGCCGGAGUCUUCACCCAGGUAGCUUCUGCGGCAGCAACCGAUGGGACAACUGAAGCCUCCACCAGCGUCGCCGCUGUCGCCCCAGCCAGCCUGGAUGUGACCUCGACCUCUUCAAUCCUUGGUGUUGCAAAGACUCUUGCCGAAGGUACCAUGUCAUACUAUCCCGGAACUUCUGAGGCCUACGCUGCCUUACCUACGCCGUACUACUGGUGGGAGUGUGGUGCUAUGAUGGGGGCGAUGCUGGACUACUCACACUACACGAACGACUCUACGUACGACGAGGUCCUCACCACCGCCCUCUCGGCCCAGGUCGUGGCCCCACAGAACGACCUGAUGGUCCCAGCCGACUACGGCUCCGAGGGCAACGAUGACCAGGCGUUCUGGACCUUCACUGUCCUCUCGGCCGCGGAGCGCAACUUCCCACAGACGGCCAACACCAGCGUCCCCUCGUGGCUGCAGGUGGCCGAGAACGCCUUCAACUCCAUGUCUGCGCGGUGGAACACGUCGGCAUGCGGCGGUGGCCUGCUGUGGCAGAUCUUCGCCGACAACAGCAACGGGCUCAACUACCGCAACUCCGUCUCCAACGGCGGCUUGUUCCAGAUCAGCGCCCGCCUCUACCGCGCCACGGGCAACCAGACCUAUCUCGACUGGGCCAACAAGGUCUGGGAGUGGUCGACGGCCAUCCAGUUCAUCGACGCCAACUACUACGUCUACGACGGCGCCGACUCGCGCGACAACUGCACCGUGGCGAAGCGUGAUAACGUCACCUUCUCCUACGCUGCAGGAAUCUACCUGUACGGCGCCGCGGUCCUCGCCAACGCCACCAACGGCACCGACGCCGCCACCUGGACCACCCACACCCAGGGCCUGCUCAAAGCCGCCGGCAGCUUCUUCUCGCCCUACGACAACGCCACCGACAUCAUGUACGAGCACGCCUGCGAGCCCUACGGCCUGUGCGACACCGACAUGAAGAGCUUCAAGGGCUACCUCAGCCGCUUCAUGUACUCCUCGGCCCUCAUGGUGCCGUCCAUCGAGUCGACCGUGUCAACCUACCUCGAGGCCUCCGCCACCGCCGCCGGCAAGGCCUGCUCCGGCGGCGACAACAGCACCACCUGCGGCCAAAAGUGGUACACGGGCGCCUUCGACGGCAGCGUCGGUCUGGGCCAGCAGAUGAGCGCCCUCGAGACGGUCCACGGUCUCCUGGCCAAGGCUGCGCCCGCGCCGUACAGCAUGGCCGAGAUCCAGGACGUGCGGCUGCACGGCGGACAACUCGGCCAGCAGCAGCAGCAGCGUCCUGAGCGCCACUGCGACGUCCUCGCCUGCGAGCACUAA